CGUCGUUAGACUACUGCCGAUGCCGACAAUCGAUAGCUGAAAGCUAAAAUCGAUAGUCGGUGAAUGGUUGACAAAAAAUUUAACUCGCACUAAACUAAUCCGUUUUGAGCCGGUUUUAAACGGUUUUUUUAUUUCCGAAAAGAACGAUAACUCUUAAUAGUAAAAAUGGCUGAACGCGUUGAGGAAGGCACAGUGACAGAAUCUCAGAUUUACCCGUAUCCCGGGGCAACCCGCUCGGUUGUAUGGAAGUAUUUUGGCUUUAGGAAGAAAAAGGAAGGCCCGCCAAGUAAACAAAAUUUGGAUAUGGCUGUCGUCAUUUGCAAACUCUGCAAAAAAUCGUAUGCCAAUAAAGGAAAUACGACCAACCUUCAGUUUCAUCUUGACAAGCACCAUGGUCACGAAUUAAAUUCAGCAGACAAAAAUAAAAGUCAAACAGCUGAGAAAAAAUUAAUUCAGCCCCAGAUUACUGGAGUUCAGAGUGCUAUCCCUAAAAUUGGUUUAAAUGCUGAUAGAAAAAAGAAGUUGGACGAUUUGACACUGAAACUGAUGAUAGGAAAAGUGCUUCCUAUAAGCACAGUUUACAAUACGCAUUUCAUCACAUUGGCAAAAGAAUUGGACCCCAGAUAUACACCCCCAACUAAACAUGGAAUUUUAAAGUUAAUGAAUGAAAAGAAAAUCAAAAUGGCAGAAAAAGUUGCUAGGGAUCUUCCACCAAAAAGUGGAUCUAUUGCAAUAACGCACGAUGGCUGGAGUAGUUGUGCAACAGAAAGUUAUAGCACAGUGACUGCACAUUUCAUUACAAGUGCCUGGGAGCUGCGAUCAGUUGUCCUGCAUACACAUCAAGUUCAGGGAUCCCAUACCAGUGAAAAGAUUGCGGAUGGACUUAAAGAAACCGUUUCAACAUGGAACCUACCAGACCCAACAUGUGUCACAGAUAAUGCAGCGAAUGAAAAAAAAGCUGUCGAAAUUCUUGGAUGGGAACGCUCAGGCUGUUAUGGACAUCGCAUUAAUUUGAUUGUAAAGCAUGCCCUUGAAGUUCCUGAAGUACACAAAAUAUUAUCUAAAUGUAGAAAAUUAGUUGGACAUUUUCACAAAUCAACUAGUUUGAAUGAUUGUUUGAUUGAGAAACAGGCAAGCGUUUUUUCAGACAAUGAGAAACUGAUUGGGCACAAACUGAUUGUUGACUGUCCCACUCGGUGGAACAGUUCUUUGGACAUGUUGAAGCGUGUAUUAGAACAAACCCCUGCCAUCAUGGCUGUAGCUAAUGAUAAAAAGAUUAACAAAAACAUGUUAGACAAUGUAAAAGCUUGUUGUUUGAGUUUUGAAGAAUUGACAGUAGUUGAAGAUUUAGUUCAGAUACUUGAACCAUUUCAAAAAGCCACAUGCAUUUUAUGUGCUGAACUUAACCCAACAAUGUGCAAGGUUCUAGUGACCUUUGAGAAAAUCAAGAAAAUUCUUGAUAAUCCAAAUUUUAGUAGUGUUAUUCAGAAGGUUGUUUCUAAAAUGAAGGUGGAGAUAUGUAAAAGAAUAACGGAUGAGGAAAUCCCACUUAUGGCUGCCAUGCUCAGUCCUGAUACUAAGCACCUCAGUUUUUUGUCAGAGGCAGAAAGAAUUUCUGCACAUCAACUUCUUCUUCAAAAAGCUUUGGCUGUUUCAAAUGUAAAUCUUAAUAUCAAAAAAGAAAAUAUAGAAACAGUUGCAGAUGGCCAUAGUGGGACUUCAUCUGAUGUUCUUCCCAAGCUUCCUAGUUUGGAUAGUGAAUGUGUAGUUCAGCAAGGUAAUGUUGCCUGUGCAGAUGAUGAAAUGUUAGAUGAUGGGGUGUCUUCAGCUAAAAAAAUGAAAUGUUCAGACUUGGAAGAUUGGUUCGAUGAUGUUUUUAUUGUUCAUGAAGAUAGAGUUUCAUUGUCAGUGGCUGUGGAGAAAGAGGUUACUUCAUUUUUGGGAAGUACUAAAUGUGUUGAAGAUCGAGACACCACAUUAUUACAGUGGUGGCAGAAAAAUGAAUUUAUUUUUCCUAGAUUAGCUACUCUUGCAAGAAAAUACUUGGCUAUUCCUGCCUCCUCUGUGCCCAGUGAAAGGGUAUUUAGCCUGUGUGGAAAUCUAAUUACAAAAAAGAGGUCUAGAAUGAGACCAUCACAAGUGAACACAAUAGUGUUUUUAAAAAUGAACAUGGAUUUAUACUGGUGAUUGGUGAAAAAGGGAAAACUGAAAAGUGGUGUUAAAUAUCUGGUACAUGUUCUGUAUAUUUUAUUCAAUACAUAUUUGAUAAAUAAUUGAACAUAAUGUUCAUAACUUACUAGUUACUACAUGUACUGAAUAGUAAUAACACUGUUAUGUAACAGUUAUGGUGUAAAAGCUGAAUGUCUAUAUUAAAUUACAUACUUGUAUUGACUAAUUGUGUUAUUUAUCUAGAAAAAAAAUCUAUCAAGCUGAAGGAUAACUUCUUUGUUUUUGAAUUGAUAUAAAUGAUAAUAGAAGUUUAAAACACAAGUACAUUUGUGGCAAGAAUUUAUUAAAGUUUAUUUUGCAAAUGCCUAUGU